AUGGCUUCUACACCUGGUUCUAUAUCCAGCAGACCUCACUCCCGAGCGCGCCGACGUCCUCAAACGCCGACCCGGAACAAACGCGAUCUCACCGGUACCGUCGGCCAGGCAUCAUGGAUCAGCAGCGUGGUCAACCUGCUCAACACCAUUGUCGGUGCCGGGGUCCUGGCCAUGCCUCUUGCCCUCUCCCACAUGGGCAUCCUGCUGGGAACAAUCGUCAUACUCUGGGCCGGCCUCACCGCAGGAUUUGGAUUGUAUCUGCAGACCCGCUGCGCCGCAUACCUGGAACGGGGGUCGGCCAGUUUCUUUGCGCUCUCGCAAAUCACAUACCCCAAUGCCGCGGUGAUUUUCGACGCCGCAAUUGCCAUCAAGUGUUUCGGCGUGGGAGUCAGCUAUCUCAUCAUCAUUGGAGAUCUGAUGCCUGGAGUGGUUCGAGGGUUUGCCGAUGAGGACCGUCUAGGCGCGUUUAUGGUCGACCGCCACUUCUGGAUCACCGCCUUCAUGCUGGUGGUGGUGCCCUUUUCGUUCCUCCGUCGACUCGACUCGUUGAAGUAUACCUCGGUGAUUGCCUUGAUUUCAAUCGGAUAUCUGGUCAUCUUGGUCGUCUAUCAUUUCGCCGCCCACGACACCCUCCCCGAUGGACAUUACCAAACCCCACUACGAAUCUUCAAAUGGGCUGGAGCGGUUCCUGCACUGUCCUCGUUUCCCGUCAUCGUCUUCGCUUAUACGUGCCAUCAGAACAUGUUCAGCAUCCUCAACGAAAUCGCCAAUAAUUCGCACUUCCGCACCAGCUCUGUUGUAUUUGCUUCCAAUGGGACCGCCGCCUCCAUUUACAUCCUCGUCGCAAUCACCGGAUACUUGUCCUUUGGCAACGAGGUCGGGGGAAACAUUGUGGCUCAAUAUGCACCGGCGGUUUCUACCACCAUCGGUCAAGCUAUGAUCGUAGUUCUGGUCAUGUUCUCGUAUCCUCUCCAAGUCCACCCCUGCCGGGCCAGUGUUGACGCAGUUUUGAAAUGGCGACCUAGCAAUAAGUUGAAAUCCGUCCUCAGGUCGAGCUCAGCGACAUCAUCUUCGAUCGACUCGAGUCCGCCGCGUGACACUCCUCUAUUGCAACCUGGAAGGAAACGCAACCCCGAAAUGGGCGACGUACGCUUUGCGGCCAUCACCACGGUCAUCAUCAUCCUCAGCUACAUUGUGGCCAUGACAGUUUCUAGCCUCGAAGCCGUCCUGGCCUACGUCGGCUCCACUGGAAGUACGGCGAUCUCCUUUAUUCUGCCAGGCUUGUUCUACUACAAGAUAUCCUCGCCGGAUUCGCCUCUACACCAACGCUUGGUGAAAGAAGAAGACGACUAUGAACACGAAAGCGGCGAGGCGAGCAAAUCAGACGACGAAGACGAAGAGCACGACCCCGAAGGACAGACUUUGCUCGCAAACUCGGGCAUUCUGAGCAUUGGCGCCAUCAGUGUCUUGAGGAGGACAAGGAACUUUCGGAGAAGGUUGCUGAGAAAAUUGAGUCUGGCGCUGGCCGUUUAUGGAGUGAUCGUCAUGAUUGUCUGUUUGAUCACGAAUACCUUUUUUAUCGUUGCGCAUUAA